AUGUGCCACGGCCCCACUUCUGGGAAACCCCAAGCAUCGGUGCUGCACUACAUCGCGCGAGAAUGGCGAAUGCUUCCGUGCUGGGUUUUGGGCUAUGAGGCAUCCAACUCCAGAUAUUUGGUCGAGUUGGAGGAUGGAAGCCAAAAACAAGUCAAACGACUAGCUCUUCGGUUCAAUGCUGAAGAUCCUCAGAACUUUGCCUUGCGGGUGGAGACCUGUCGUGCAAAAAAAGCACAUUGUGAGCUACAACAGGCCUUCAUCAAGUUCAUUGAGUCGCAACCGGAUGAGUUGGUCUCACCGCUUCGUAGAGAGCAAAAAGAAAGGUUUAUCCGACAAGGCCUUCACAGAAGUCACUUGGAAGACUCGAACAGCUUUGUUGGACAUAUCCGUGACCUCAUCCGGGAGAUCGAAGAGAACUAUGUCCUGUCAAUGAAAUUUGCAAAAGUAAAGAAUGACCUGAUUCUAGAGAUGGGCACUCCGUAUGCCUGUGUUCGAGACGACACGCCUUUUGCACCAUUGUUGGGCAACUUCCUGCCUUGCAAGGCGCCACAGUAUGGCUUGGUGGCGCACCAGGCCUCUGAGCAAUCUGUGCUGGAGAUAGCAACUCAUCUGGUCCAGCAGCCCACCAUCUCCAGAAAUGUCAACGUGCCUGGCUCAGAGGAGCAAGAAGCAUGUUUUCCAUAG